CUUACCUAAACUACUUUCCUAAUGUAAAGAGAGAGAGAGGGAGCAGAAUUGAGGGUCUUCAUUUUAUCCAGACAGUGUCUAACGCGUGGUUAGUGUGCGGAGCACAACAGUCCGUUGUCUAGGGCAUGACGGCGACUAGCCAUGCAUAAACAGACAGGGCAGACAGACAACAGGAAAUAAUGGGCUCCAGCUAUACCUCAUAAACAACCGGCUUGUUGUUCUGUUCAUGUUUUAUCCAGCCAGUCGCUGUCUGAGUUGACCGAGUAUCGACCGUUCGCAUCUCGUCUCAGUCUUCUUUCCAUAUUUUCUCUUCAUCUCUCCUCGCUUCUUCUUCACCAUGGGAUGUUCUUCGUCCAGCACACAGACUGUCGAUGAGGAGAAGAGACCGGGGACAAAACCCGAGGAGUCCAACGGAGACACAUUUGUUGUCAGGAAUGGUCACAUCUCGGAGGACACGGAGACCAUCGCUGACCAGAUGCAGCUACCUGUCCAGAGUGCCCUGACUGAUGACUCUGAGGAACCCGUCAUCAUGGCCUCGGAGGCCCUGGAGACCAUGGGGUCUGGAUGGGAGGAGGACCAGGUCCUGGAGAUGCUGGCUGCAGCCGAGCCAGAGGUUCCCCCUGAAGCCCCUGCUGAGGCUGCAGCCGUAGAUGCAGAGGUCCCUUCAGAGGCUGUGUUCUUAGUAGAGGCUGUGGUCCCAGUGGAGGUGGCGGUCCUUGUUGAGGCUGUCGUGGUUGAGGCCGCUCCUGUGGCAGAGGCUCCUGUUGAGACAGUGGUGUCUGAGGAGGCCCCUGCUGUUGAAACUGGAGCUGCAGUGGAGGUGGCUACCCUGGUCGAGGCAGCUGAAACUGUCCCAGAGGCAGCUCCAGCCCCGACAGAGGAGACCCCAGCUCCAGCCCCGACAGAGGAGACCCCAGCUCCAGCCCCGACAGAGGAGACCCCAGCUCCAGCCCCGACAGAGGAGACCCCAGCUCCAGCCCCGACAGAGGAGACCCCAGCUCCAGCCCCGACAGAGGAGACCCCAGCUCCAGCCCCGACAGAGGAGACCCCAGCUCCAGCCCCGACAGCGGAGACCCCAGCCCCAAAAGAGGAGACACCAGCUCCAGCCCCAAAAGAGGAGACCAAAGAUUCUCCAGCCCCUGUGGCCGCUGUCCCUGAGCCAGUAACCCCUGCUGCUGAGCCUGUGGCCGCUGUCCCAGAGGGGGCCCCCGCUGUGGAGGCCCCUGCACCCAGUGGCCCCAUAACUGACCUUGUUGUUGCUGCUGAGCCUGCAGCAGAGCCAAUAACCACCCCUGUGGCUGUGGAGGCCCCUGUAGCAGCCGUUGCCAAUGAGCCUGUGGAGGCCCCAGGACCAGUGGAGGCCCCAGGUGAGGUGACAGCUCCAGCCCCAGAGCCUGCAGUAGAGACUCCUACCCCUGCUCCCGAAGCCGCCCCAGAGCUAACACCAGCCGCCCCUACCCCAGAGCUAACACCAGCCGCCCCUGCUCCCUCAGACGCCCCUACCCCUGCCCCAGAGCUAACACCAGCCACCCCUGCUCCUGUGGCCCCGCCUACUCCUGCCCCAGAGCUAACACCAGCCACCCCUGCUCCUGUGGCCCCGCCUACUCCUGCCCCAGAGCUAACACCAGCCACCCCUGCUCCUGUGGCCCCGCCUACUCCUGCCCCAGAGCUAACACCAGCCCCCCCUGCUCCUGUGGCCCCGCCUACUCCUGCUAUCUCAAUCCCAGAGAUUGAUGGUGUUCCGGUGGUUGUGUCGGAGGUGGCACAGGAAGCAGCAGCCUUGGUGUUGGCUGGAGUGGCACAGGAAGCAGAGAAAGACAAGAAACAGAACUAAGAAGAGAGGUCAAACUGAGGAGGGGCCGCUGUGGCCUGGGAAACACAACCUUCCUGGAUAAAACCUCCGUUUUUACAUUCAGAGACGAUUUGUAGAUGAGAUGCACAACCCAAAGACCAGGAAGUUAAAAACACACACUCAUCUACCACAACGAUGACAGACCAGGAAGUUAAAAACACACACACUCAUCUACCACAACGAUGACAGACCAGGAAGUUAAAAACACACACACUCAUCUACCACAACGAUGACAGACCAGGAAGUUAAAAAACACACACACACUCAUCUACCACAACGAUGACAGACCAGGAAGUUAAAAACACACACACACUCAUCUACCACAACGAUGACAGACCAGUAAGUUAAAAACACACACACACUCAUCUACCACAACGAUGACAGACCAGGAAGUUAAAAACACACACACUCAUCUACCACAACGAUGACAGACCAGGAAGUUAAAAACACACACACACUCAUCUACCACAACGAUGACAGACCAGGAAGUUAAAAACACACACACUCAUCUACCACAACGAUGACAGACCAGGAAGUUAAAAACACACACACACUCAUCUACCACAACGAUGACAGACCAGGAAGUUAAAAACACACACACUCAUCUGACACAACGAUGACAGACCAGGAAGUUAAAAACACACACACUCAUCUACCACAACGAUGACAGACCAGGAAGUUAAAAACACACACACUCAUCUGCCACAACGAUGACAGACCAGGAAGUUAAAAACACACACACACUCAUCUACCACAACGAUGACAGACCAGGAAGUUAAAAACACACACACACUCAUCUACCACAACGAUGACAGACCAGGAAGUUAAAACACACACACUCAUCUACCACAACGAUGACAGACCAGGAAGUUAAAACACACACACACUCAUCUACCACAACGAUGACAGACCAGGAAGUUAAAAACACACACACACUCAUCUACCACAACGAUGACAGACCAGGAAGUUAAAAACACACACACUCAUCUGCCACAACGAUGACAGACCAGGAAGUUAAAACACACACACUCAUCUGCCACAACGAUGACAGACCAGGUAGUUAAAACACACACACUCAUCUGCCACAACGAUGACAGACCAGGUAGUUAAAACACACACACUCAUCUGCCACAACGAUGACAGACCAGGUAGUUAAAACACACACACUCAUCUGCCACAACGAUGACAGACCAGCUCAAUACAUAUUCCUGUCAGGGUAUGUCCCAAAUGGCACCUAAUUCCCUGAUGAGGGGAUAGGGUGUAAUUACAGACGGAGAGACUUGUCACCAAAGUGCCUUCCCAUCCUGGAAAUAUGGAUGGGUCACUUUUCUUCUUCUAUUGCCAAUAACAUUGUUAAAGAGAAUUAACAUGUAACCUGGAGACACCUGGGCUUCCAACCAUGUAACCUGGAGACACCUGGGCUUCCGACCAUGUAACCUGGAGACACCUGGGCUUCCGACCAUGUAACCUGGAGACACCUGGGCUUCCGACCAUGUAUCCUGGAGACACCUGGGCUUCCGACCAUGUAACCUGGAGACACCUGGGCUUCCGACCAUGUAACCUGGAGACACCUGGGCUUCCGACCAUGUAACCUGGAGACACCUGGGCUUCCGACCAUGUAACCUGGAGACACCUGGGCUUCCGAC